UGGAGUCGAAGCGAGGCCAACACGUAGUGGCGACGGUGGGAAGCUAUGGUGGCGUGGACGCUACGACCUGCGGCGGCGGGCAGGGCCAUCCGGCGAGCCGCGUACCACUCCGACGGCGCCCCUCCUCCCCGCAAGCUCCGGGGCCCCCGCUUCAGCUCUUUCAAUAGGAACAACCAUGAGAUCGAUGCGUUGCUUGAGGAAGUCAAGAAUACACCGGUUAACAUGAUCACCGAUGACCUAAUGAUCCGAACCGUGCGGCAUUCUUUUCUGGCUCGUCAGGAGAUUCUGUAUCAAAAUGUUCUGCGAUCAUGGGUGGUUGUGGCAGCGGUACUCACAGGGUAUAGCUGGGGGUACAACAAAUUUGCUGAAAGUUCUACUGUCGGAUCUGAACCACCAAAAGAACAUGAGGGGAAGUAGAAGACUUGACGAUUGUUUUUGCUCUUUACGGAAGACUGAGUGUUUGGGAUAAAAUGCAGUGAAUUGUGCCUCAGAAACUCGCUUGUAAAUUGGUCAAUUUCUGUUAACUGACUAUCCUGUAAGACAGGGCUUGGGCGACCAAUCUUGCUCCGCCUUUUACAAUCUCCAGCUGGUUUGGGGUGUUUCAUGCUCUAGAUAGGCUGCUGCUGGUCGAUAAUCAACGGAUGCUCUUUCUUUUUA